CACCACCACUCCGUGAGAUCCAUCCAUCAAUCCAAGACGAGACGACGCACACACAGCCAGGCAGCGACAGCGAGGCGGCCAGCAAGCCACCAAAUCGACCAGACCAAACCAAACCCAAACCAAACCCAACCCAAGGAGAGAGUAGGCUUAGGCCUAGCCAUUCCCAUGACCAACGCCCAGCCCCAGCCGCAGCCGCGCCACCACCACCAGCCUCGUCAAUUCUGAGGGCGCCGCCAACACCAACACCACCACCAUCGGGUCCUCCUCCCCUUGCGGAUUGGUUGCCUGACCCUCCUCCUCCUCCUCCUCCUCGUGUAGAUUGAUUGGUUCUUGGUGGUGGUGGUGGUGGAUCGGGUGGCUUUGGCUGAGAUGGUGGUGGUGACGGCGGCGGCGCCGCCUCUCGGCAUAGCGUUGGUGGGGCCGACGCGGGCGAGGCGUGGAGGAGGGUUGUCGCUCUCCUCCUCCUCCUGCUGCUACCUGUCCAUGUGCGGCCGUGGCGUCCUGCGAGGGGGAUGCGCGAGGAUGAGGGAGCCGCUGCCGCCGGCCCCGAUUGGGCUGGACCGGGGGCUGUUUUUAUUGUGCUCGUAUAGUUUCUCUGCGGAUACAUGCGAAGAGAUGGGCAUGAAGAUGGUGAAAGGAGUCAAGGAAUAGAGGAUUCUCUUAUGUUUGGGCCAGACGAUGAUAAUGGUUCAAAUAUUCCUACUCAAGUUGAGACACUUGUUAGGGGUACUGCGACGGUUGCUACUCCAGAGUAUAAGUCGAUUCCAGAUCUAGAUUACCUGCAGGAGUUGCUGGCUAUUCAGCAACAGGGACCGCGGGCUAUAGGUUUUUUUGGUACCCGUAACAUGGGGUUUAUGCAUCAACAGCUUAUUGAGAUCCUGAGCUAUGCUAUGGUCAUAACGAAAAAUCAUAUAUUCACAUCUGGUGCUUCUGGGACUAAUGCAGCUGUUAUCCGGGGUGCUUUAAGGGCUGAAAAGCCAGAGUUGCUCACUGUAAUUUUACCUCAAAGUCUAAAGAAGCAACCUCCUGAAAGUCAAGAGCUUUUAUCUAAAGUACAAAACUUAAUUGAGAAGCCUCAAUAUGACCAUUUGCCACUAAUUGAAGCGAGCAGGUUAUGCAACAUGGACAUCAUCUCGAAGGUCCAACAGGUGAUUUGUUUUGCAUUCCAUGACAGCAAGCUGCUGAUGGAGACCUGCCAGGAGGCCAAGAAUCUCCGGAAGAUCGUAACCCUAUUCUACUUGGAUUAGCUCCUCAGGGGCUUCGCCCCCAUUUUUGUCUGUAGGCUGGUUGGUGAUAGAAUAUUUGGUUCAGUUAGCUGUGUUCACUCUGAAACUCAGGAAUGACACAGCCGAAUAGGUGCAACCUUCAAAUCGGGGAAGAUCCUUUCGACCAUUGUUUUGAAUUUUGUAUAAACCAAAUAAGCUUGUCGAUAUGUCUGGUUCAUCAUUGAAUGGAAUAAUUUAAAGUUCUUACUAUUUCUGACC